AUGCGGAUGCUGAAGGUGGAGCCGGGGCCCCGGCGGGCCCAGCGCGGCUAUCAGGGCUGCCCAGCCGAGGGCGGGGCCUGCGGAGGCUGGGCUGUCGCUCGGAACCAGGGCGGUGCCUCGCUGUUCCCUGGAGCGGCCCCUCUGAUGGGCUCUAGGAGCCGCGGCCUGCCUGGCCCUCGGUGGCCGUGGCCGGGACGCAAGUCUGGAUCCGUUCCGAGUCGUCUCCGUCUGGCCUCCUGCUUGCCGCAGGGCGUGAGGCUUCCUGUGGCUGGUCACUGCCCCCGACCACUGACCGCUCCCAGCAAGCGACUCUCAGAGCCCGGCACAAGGCUCCUGAACAGUGACCUCAGCCGGGAGCCGGGAGAUGACGCCAGUCUGGAGCCGCGUGAUGACCUCAGCCGGGAACCGGGGGAUGGCCUCAGCCGGAAACUGGGUGAUGACGCCAGCCGGAAACUGGGUGAUGACCUCAGCGGGAGCCGGGGGAUGGCCUCAGCUGGAAACUGGGUGAUGACCUCAGCCUGGAGCCAUGUGAUAACCUCAGCCGGAAACUGUGAUGACCUCAGCCGGGAACCGAAUGAUGACCUCAGCCGGGAGCCUGUGAUGACCUCAGCCGGGAGCCGAGUGAUAACCUCAGCCGGGAGCCGAAUGAUGACCUCAGCCGGGAGCCUGUGAUGACCUCAGCCGGGAGCCGAGUGAUGACCUCAGCCGGGAGCCUGUGAUGACCUCAGCCGGGAGCCUGUGAUGACCUCAGCCGGGAGCCCGUGAUGACCUCACUGGGAGCCCGUGAUGACCUCAGCUGGGACACUGUGAUGACCUCGGCCGGGAGCCUGUGAUGACCUCAGCCGGGAGCCUGUGAUGACCUCAGCCGGGAGCCUGUGAUGACCUCAGCUGGGAGCCUGUGAUGACCUCAGCCGGGAGCCGAGUGAUAACCUCAGCUGGGAGCCUGUGAUGACCUCAGCCGGGAGCCGAAUGAUGACCUCAGCCGGGAGCCUGUGAUGACCUCAGCCGGGAGCCGAGUGAUGACCUCAGCCGGGAGCCUGUGAUGACCUCAGCCGGGAGCCUGUGAUGACCUCAGCCGGGAGCCCGUGAUGACCUCACUGGGAGCCCGUGAUGACCUCACUGGGAGCCCGUGAUGACCUCAGCUGGGACACUGUGAUGACCUCAGCCGGGAGCCUGUGAUGACCUCAGCUGGGACACUGUGAUGACCUCGGCCGGGAGCCUGUGAUGACCUCAGCCGGGAGCCUGUGAUGACAUUAGCCGGGAAGCAGGGAAAGCCACUGUGUGCUGAGAGGCAGGGGGAGCGUGGGGGUGCGGGAGGCUGGCAUGGCAGGGCUGGUGGGCAUCCU